AUGGUGAAGAUCACUGUGUCCAUCAAGGGCGAGUGCACUGCUGUGCGCAUCGCUGCUGCGUUUGCCUCAAAGGUGGAGCCGGGCGUCACCGUUGACGCCAAUGCCAAGAAGACCGAAGUCGAGUGCGGCUCGGUGAAACUUGGGCGCGUGCCAGGCAUGCUGCGUGCGCUGGCAGAUGUCGCCAAGAUGUACGGCGCCAACGCCACGCAGGCCACGGAGGUUGACCACUGGAUUGAUCUUGCCCAGUACAACCUGUCUUCCAAGGCUGCGAAGGAGGCCGUCACCGAAGCGCUCCAGCUCGUGACGAACCAGCUCAAGCGCCGCACGUGGCUUCUCGGCAACGAGCAGGAGCCGUCCAUGGCCGACGUUGCGCUCUUUGCCGCGCUUCGCGAGCGUGGCGGUGUUCCCCAGGGCGUUGACAGCUGCAUCGCUCGCUGGUACGCCACCUGCGAGGCACACCCCGUCAUUGCCGCUGCUCUCGCUGCCAUGCCCGCAAAGGCAAAGCCGCAGCAGCGCACCAAGGCAAAGGACCAAGGCAAGUUCUUUGAGCUUGAUGGCGCCAAGGAGGGCGAGGUUGUCACCCGCUUCCCGCCAGAGGCCAGCGGCUUCCUCCACAUUGGCCACGCAAAGGCAGCCAUGCUUAACAAGCACUUUGCCACGUCGCACAAGGGCAAGCUCCUCAUGCGGUUUGAUGACACCAACCCGGCCAAGGAGAACGCCGAGUUUGAGAAGGUGAUUCUUGAGGACCUGAAGCUGCUGGGAAUCACGUACGACGCGUUUAGCCACACGUCGGACCACUUUGACACCAUGCUGGCGUACAUGGAGCAGAUGCUGAAGGAAGGCCUGGCGUAUGUCGACCAGACCACCGCCGAGGAGCUCAAGGAGCAGCGCCUGGCGUGCAAGCCCUCCCCAUACCGCGAACAGUCUGUGGAGGAGAACAUGCGCCUGUGGGAGGAGAUGAAGAAGGGUUCGGACGUGGGCGUCAAGUGCUUUGUCCGCGCCAAGAUUGACUACAAGAGCACAAACGGCGCCAUGCGCGACCCCACCCUCUACCGCUGCAAGCCAGAGCCACACGUCAGGACCGGCGACAAGUACAAGGUGUACCCCACGUACGACUUUGCCUGCCCGAUUGUCGACAGCAUUGAGGGCGUCACGCACGCGCUCCGAACAACAGAGUACCAUGAUCGCGACAAGCAGUACGCGUGGAUCUGCAAGGCCCUGCGCAUCCGUGAGCCGAUGAUCAAGGACUUUUCUCGCCUCAACAUGGUCUACACCGUCAUGUCCAAGCGCCAGCUCACAAAGUUUGUCGAGGCAGGGCUGGUUGAUGGCUGGUCUGACCCACGCUUCCCCACCGUUCGCGGCAUGCUUCGUCGUGGCAUGACGGUUGAGGGACUGCGGACGUUCAUCCUGGCCAUGGGCUCCUCGCGCAGCAACUCGCAGAUGGAGUGGGACAAGAUCUGGGCCACAAACAAGAAGGUGAUUGACCCGACUGCGCCGCGGCACACCGCGCUGGACGGCCGCAACCUGGUGACGGUGCGGGUGACCAACAUCAAGGGCACGCAGGAGCGCACAGUGCCGCUGCACCCAAAGAACCCGGCCGUGGGCACCAAGCGCGUGGUGCUCGCUCAGACGAUCCAGAUUGAGCAGGAGGAUGCGCAGUCCAUCAGCGUUGGUGACAAGGUCACCUUCAUGGACUGGGCCAACGCGCACGUGCGCAACAUGGAGACAAACGGACCCAUUGUGACUGCGCUCGACGUGGAGAUUGAUGAGAACGACAAGGACUUUUCCAGCACUCUCAAGCUCACUUGGCUGCCCGCUGCAGACAUUGACGAGCCCGUUCCCGUCACCGCGUACGAGUACCUGCCGCUGACGACGGUGCCAUACAUCCCCAAGGGCGAGCCCAUCGAGCCCUACCUCCGCGAGAAGUCAAAGUUUGACAUUUCGCUCGUCGGGUCCUCGGCGCUGGCCAACAUCAAGCGCGGUGACAUCAUCCAGCUCAACCGCAAGGGCUUUUUCAUCUGCGACCAGGCACGCUACCACCCACUGCUGCAGCGCCCAAUCCACCUCAUCUACAUCCCCGAUGGCCACGAUAAGACCUUUAUUGCUCACAAGGACAACCAGGCCCAGAUCACCGUCUCCGCGGAGAAGUAUGCUGAGGUUGAGCUGCAGGUGAAGCAGCAGAAGGCGAAGAUUGUGGACAUGCGGAAGAAGAAGGCUGAGAAGGCGGACAUUCGCGCAGCCGAGGCGCUCCUGAAGCAGCUGCAGGACCAGAUCAACAGCAUGGCAUCCACACCUGCUCCCGCCGCUGCCACUACCACUGCGGCCGCCAAGCCUGAGGCCGCUGCCCCCGCCGCUGGCGACAGCGCUGCAGCGGCACUGCUUGCGCAGGUGACGGAGCAGGGCGGCAAGGUGCGCGCGCUGAAGGAGGCCAAGGCGGACGCUGCGGAGGUGAAGGCUGCUGUUGCGAUGCUGCUUGACCUGAAGAAGCAGUACAAGGAGCUGACGGGCGAGGAGCCACCAGCGUCUGGCAAGAAGGGCAGCUCGAAGAAGGACAAGAAGAGCAAGAAGGACAAGAAGCAGGACAAGCAGGAGAAGAAGAAGGAGGUGAAGAAGGAGGAGGUGAAGCAUCCUGAGAAGGAGGAGGCUGCACCCGCCGCUGCCACUGCCCCCUCGGGCGAAGCUGCAGCCCUGCUUGAGCAGAUUACUGCUGCCGGAGGCGUUGUGCGCGAUCUGAAGGCAAAGAAGGAGGACUUCAAGCCCGCACUCGACAAGCUGCUGGAGCUCAAGGCGGCGUACAAGGCGCUGACGGGGGAGGACCCGCCAGCCGCGGGUCGCUCGUCGAGCAAGAAGGACAAGAAGAAGCAGAAGAAGGAGGGUGGCAGCGUGCCCAAGGAGCAAAAGAAGAAGGAGCAGAAGAAGAAGGAGAAGAAGACCGACAACGUGCCGGCCAAGGGGCAGACGCGUCUCGGCAUUGAGGCGAAGAAGGAGGAGGACUUCCCCGAAUGGUACUCGCAGGUCCUCACCAAGUCUGAGCUCAUCGAGUACUACGACGUCUCUGGCUGCUUUGUGCUGCUGCCAUGGGCCUACUUCAUGUGGGAGCAGAUCCAGGAGUUUUUCAACGGCCACCUGCGCCGCCUCGGCGUCUCCAACUGCUACUUCCCCAUGUUUGUCACCAUGGACCGCCUGCAGAAGGAAAAGGAUCACAUUGCUGACUUUGCCCCCGAGGUCGCCUGGGUGACCCAUGCCGGUGAUUCCCCGAUGGAGAAGCCAAUUGCCAUCCGCCCAACCUCGGAGACGAUCAUGUAUCCCUAUUACGCCAAGAAGGUGCAGUCCCACCGCGAUCUCCCCAUCAGGAUGAACCAGUGGUCCAACGUUGUCCGCUGGGAGUUCAAGCAGGCCACGCCCUUCCUCCGCACUCGCGAGUUCCUCUGGCAGGAGGGUCACACCGCAUACGCCAACCAGGCUGAUGCUGAGGCUGAGGUGUACGAGAUUCUUGAUCUCUACCGCGCCAUCUAUGAGGAUCUUCUCGCCAUCCCCGUCAUCCCCGGCAGAAAGACCGAGAAGGAGAAGUUUGCUGGCGGUGUGUACACGACGACCGUCGAGGGCUUUAUUCCUCAGACGGGCCGCGGUAUCCAGGGUGCAACGUCCCACCACCUCGGCCAGAACUUCUCAAAGAUGUUUGAGAUCAAGUACCAGGACCCGCAGGACGCCAGCAAGGACUGCUUUGCCUACCAGAACUCGUGGGGUCUGACCACACGCACCCUCGGCGUCAUGAUCAUGGUCCACUCAGACAACAAGGUGGGUCUGGUGCUGCCGCCCCGGGUUGCAUGCAUCCAGGUUGCCGUCAUCCCCACGGGUCUCAGCGCCAAGUUGGGCGACGACAAGCGCGACAAGCUCCUUGCCGAGGCCCGCGCCAUUGAAGAUGAGCUCAAGCGCGCGGGUAUUCGCGCCCACGCCGACCUCGACCUCCACGUCUCUCCCCCGUGGAAGUACAACCACUACGAGCUCAAGGGCGUUCCCCUGCGCAUUGAGGUUGGCCCACGGGACAUGGAGAGCAACCAGGUGGUCGCUGUCGUGCGCUGCACCGGUGACAAGCUGACCCUUGCCCGCGACACCCUCGCCACCGCCAUCCCGGCAACACUCAAGGCCAUCCACGCCAUGAUGUUUGAGAAGGCGAAGGUUGAGCGCGAUGACCACGUCAAGCAGACCACCAAGUGGGAGGAAGUGGCCCCACUUUUGAACGAGAAGAACCUGCUUCUUGUUCCCUUCUGCGGCGACAAGACCUGUGAGGCCGCCGUCAAGAAGGACAGCGAGUCAAAGAACCCUCAUGACCCGACUGCCCCUGCCAUGGGCGCCAAGAGCCUCUGCAUCCCCUUUGACCAGCCCGCCAUGCCUGAGGGCACCAAGUGCAUCCAUCCUGCCUGCAGCUCCACCAACGUGCAGUGGACACUUGUCGGCCGCUCAUACUAG